AUGGAACACCAAAAUUAUCAAUAUAAAUCAAACGGUACUAAAAAUAAUGUUGAAUAUUAUACUUGCUCCAGUCCAAAUGUCUCAUGUAAUGGUACACUUAAAAGGAAAAUUGAUGGAACAAUUGUAUGCGGUAAAUCACACACCCAUGAUCCUUUUCUUCAAAUAAUUGAAAAAAAUAAAUUUCGGAAAGUACUUAUCGAUAGAGCACAAUCCGAGACAACACGUUUGAAAAUUAUUUAUGAUGAAGAAGCUAUCAGAAAUCCAAAUAUGGCUUACACUUAUCCUUGGACAUCAGCCGAGUCAUCAAUGCGUAAGGCAAGACGUGCACAUGUUCCGGUUCUACCUGAAACUCUAAAUGCUUUGGGAGAGAUUUUGGCAGAACAGGAAAACUUGAUUCAGUGCAAUGGUCAUCGAUUUUUUCAAGAGUGUGUAGUAGAUGGCAAUGGGAAAGCUCAUGUUAUGUUUGCCUGUCCAGAGGUUAUCAAUGAUGUAAUUUUAAAUGAAGGUACGGAAUUGCAUGCUGAUGCAACUUUCAAAGUCGUACCAUCUAUGCCCAAAUGCCGGCAAUUGUUUAUAAUGCAUAUAAUUAUUCAAAAUCAAAAAUGUUUUAGAUUUUUAUUAUACUAUAAAUAUUAUUGUAUUACACUCUAUGUGACCAUAUGUAUAAGGUAUAACAAGACUAUUUCACUAAUUCUAGUACAAAUGUAA